CCCCCGCACAGGACUAACUCAGCCCCUUCCGGAAACACUCAAAACGCUUUCUAGUCAGCAAAUUAUUGUUAACGCUGCGCCGACCUAACGCUUGCCUUUGGGGGCUGACCGUUCGGGGUCGGGAGAGGUGUUUCCAGCGAGUGACCCGAGGAAGGGCACACGUUUUUAACUCCCAAUUCCCACUCCUUUAGCGUUUGGAGGUUCCCAACCCCAGGGGCAAGGAAGUGGGCGGAGUCGGGUUUUGGCGCCUCCAGCUGCCGCUGGAUAGCAGAAAAACAUCGGUAGAGAAGACUCCGGUCACGGUCCUCGCCCCUCCCCGUUCCCUCCCCUCGGCCGACCACCCGGCGCCACGCCGCGAACGUAAUAGCUCUUCAAGUCUGCAAUAAAAAAUGGCCUCCAAUAAAACUACGUUGCAAAAAAUGGGAAAGAAGCAGAAUGGAAAGAGUAAAAAGGUUGAAGAGGCAGAGCCUGAAGAAUUUGUGGUGGAAAAAGUUCUGGAUCGACGAGUAGUAAAUGGGAAGGUGGAGUAUUUCCUGAAGUGGAAGGGAUUUACAGAUGCUGAUAAUACUUGGGAACCUGAAGAAAAUUUAGAUUGUCCAGAGUUAAUUGAAGCAUUUCUUAAUUCCCAAAAAGCUGGUAAAGAAAAAGAUGGUACAAAAAGAAAGUCUUUAUCUGACAGUGAAUCGGAUGAUAGCAAAUCAAAGAAGAAAAGAGAUGCUGCUGACAAACCAAGAGGCUUUGCCAGAGGUCUUGAUCCUGAAAGAAUAAUUGGUGCCACAGACAGCAGUGGAGAAUUAAUGUUUCUUAUGAAGUGGAAAGAUUCAGAUGAGGCAGAUUUGGUGCUGGCAAAAGAGGCAAAUAUGAAGUGUCCUCAAAUUGUUAUUGCUUUUUAUGAAGAGAGACUA